CAAAAUUGGGGUCGUUCUGCUAUUUAUAAAACUUGUGGGAAUAUAUUUUUCCUCCUCUUUUCUUUUUCACACAGUAGUGCGUUUUUUCCUGCUCGUCCCUUUAGCUCCGCCGCCGUAUUUCCUCCACCGCCACCGUAUUUCCUCCACCGUCACUGUAUUUCUUCCACCGCCUAAUAAAUGGCGCAUAGGUUGCUGAGAGAUGCAGAAGCAGAUGGAUGGGAACGAUCUGAUUUUCCGAUUAUUUGUGAGUCUUGUCUUGGAGAUAGUCCUUACGUACGAAUGACAAAAGCAGAUUAUGACAAGGAGUGCAAGAUAUGCACACGACCCUUCACAGUGUUCAGAUGGAGGCCUGGUCGGGAUGCAAGAUACAAAAAAUCUGAGAUCUGUCAGACCUGCAGCAAGUUGAAGAAUGUUUGUCAAGUUUGUCUUUUGGAUCUUGAGUAUGGUUUGCCAGUUCAGGUCCGAGACACUGCUCUCAGUAUCAAUUCGAAUGAUGCAAUUCCCAAGAGUGACGUUAAUAGAGAAUAUUUUGCGGAGGAGCAUGACCGCAGGGCGAGAGCAGGGAUAGAUUACGAAUCUUCAUAUGGGAAAGCUCGUCCAAAUGACACUAUUUUGAAGCUCCAAAGAACAACUCCAUACUACAAGAGGAAUCGGGCACAUGUUUGUAGUUUCUUUAUACGUGGUCAAUGUACAAGAGGUUUGGAGUGCCCUUAUAGGCAUGAAAUGCCUGAGACUGGGGAGUUGUCACAGCAAAACAUUAAGGACCGUUAUUACGGAGUUAAUGAUCCCGUGGCUAUGAAGCUACUGAAUAAGGCAGGUGAAAUGCCUUCAUUGGAGCCCCCAGAUGAUGAGAGCAUUAGAACCCUCUAUGUGGGUGGUGUUGAUGCAAGAAUCAGCGAGCAGGAUCUAAGGGACCACUUUUAUGCACAUGGAGAAAUCGAGUCCAUUAAAAUGGUGUUGCAGCGUGGUUGUGCUUUUGUAACCUACACGACAAGAGAAGGUGCAGAGAAGGCGGCCGAGGAACUAGCGAACAGGCUAGUGAUAAAAGGCUUGAGACUGAAACUUCUCUGGGGGAGACCACAAGCUCCUAAACCAGAGACCGAGCUGUCUGAUGAAGCAAGACAGCAGGCUGCUGUGUCACACAGUGGAUUGUUGCCCAGAGCUGUCAUAUCACAACAGCAGAAUCAGCUUCCUCCACCCCCAGGCACACAGGAACAACCCCCACCGAUGCCAUACUUCAACAUUCCGCCAAUGCCUCAGCAAGAAAGAGCAUAUUAUCCGUCAAUGGAUCCUCAGAGGAUGGGUGCUGUAGUUCCAUCUCAGGAGGGGGCUUCUAGUUCAGCUACGGGGUCAGGUCCUGAAAACAAGAGUGGUUCUGAGAAACAACCACAAGUACAGCAGCAUUAUGCGUAUCCACCAGCACCUCCACCUCAAGGUCAAUUUUACCCGCCUUACUAUCCACCCUAUGGCUAUAUGCCUCCACCACUGCCUCAACAUUAUCAGCAGUAUCCCCCGCCUUAUCAAGCUGCCAGACCUCCACCACCUCCUGCUGGUGAGCAAGCAGCUUAUCAGCAGAAGCCUCAACCAGCAGUACCGGCAGCACAGCAACCUUAAUUCAGUUUUGUCCAGCUGCUCCGAUCAAGAAGAAUCUAUGUAAACUGACGUUUUAUAUUUUCAGUACUGCAAAAGAAUUAUUACUAUGCGAGCCAUUUGAAUUGAGUAUUUGAUUCUGUUUUGCCAAUGCAAAUUUCUAUUGUAUUAGGUGCCUCUGUUGCAGUCGUU